GCGCUGGAACCAGAAUCAGAGCAGCCCCCCGUCCUCCCAUCCUCCUCUCCUCCUUCUCUCCCUCCCUGCCUCUCUCCACCUCCGCCGCCGCCGACCGACCGACACUUGCAGCCAUUUUACGCAGCACGAACCCGGUCAUGUCGUGAGGGGAGCCUCGCUGGUCACCUGCACACAGGCAGCAGCCGCCCGGUGGUCGCGCUCAGGCGGGCGGUGCAGGCGGCUCCGGCCAAAAUGGUGAAGAGGAAGAGCCUGGACGAGAACGAGCCGGAGUGCGGGAAGGGAAUACCGUUCCCCAUCCAGACCUUCCUGUGGAGGCAGACCAGUGCGUUUCUGCGUCCGAAGUUGGGGAAACAGUAUGAAGCCUCCUGUGUGUCCUUCGAGCGGGUGCUGGUGGAGAAUAAGCUCCACGGGCUGUCGCCGGCCCUGUCAGAGGCCAUCCAGAGCAUCUCCCGCUGGGAGCUCGUCCAGGCGGCCCUGCCUCAUGUACUCCACUGCACCUCCAUCCUGCUGUCUAACAGGAACAAGCUGGGCCACCAGGACAAGCUGGGUGUGGCCGAGACCAAGCUGCUCCACACGCUGCACUGGAUGCUGCUGGAGGCGGCGCAGGAGUGCAACCACGAGCCGAGCCUGGGCCACAGCUGGUCCGGGGGCAGCAGCAGCAGCGCCUUCCUCCAGCCGGUGGGGAACCAGGGCUCGUCGCCCGGGGCUCCCGGCUCCUGCUCCGGCUCUGCCCUGGGGGGGUCUGGGCCCCAGCACAGCGGCUCCCUGCUGGAGGAGGAUGAGCACACCCGAACCAAGCUGUUCCACAAGAGCAUGGCCACCGUGGAGCUGUUCGUGUUCCUGUUCGCUCCGCUCAUUCAUCGAAUAAAGGAGUCGGACCUGACCUUCCGAUUGGCCAGUGGCCUGGUAAUCUGGCAGCCGAUGUGGGAGCACCGGCAGCCGGACAUCUCUGCCUUCACAGCGCUCAUCAAACCUGUGAGAAACAUCGUGACAGCUAAGAGGAACUCCCCCGUCAACAACCAGUGCAGCCCCUGUGGAUCUGGAAACCCUGGUCCCAUGGGCUUCCAGGUGGUUUGUGAAACCACCCAAUCAGAUUCCUCCUCCCCCUCGGCUGGAGAGCAGAGCUGUCGUCGUGGUAACUCGGUGGAGAAAGGUGGCCCUUCCCAGCAACCCCCGCCGGUCAAAGGCCCUUCCAAGAAAAAGACGUCAGCCCCUGCAGGUCUGCCGACCUCCGUGGCCCAGCGAGCUCGCUACGCCACCUACUUCGAUGUGGCGGUGCUGCGCUGCCUGCUGCAGCCGCACUGGACAGAGGAGGGCGUGCACUGGGCCUUGAUGUUCUACCUCCAGCGGCUGAGGCAGAUCCUGGAGGAGAGACCCGAACGCACCCCGGAGCCCCUGGUCACGCCUCUGCCGCGCCCACGCAGCAGCUCCAUGGUCGCUGCCACGCCGUCACUGGUCAACACGCACAAGACCCAGGAUAUGAGUCUGAAAUGCAACGAAGAGGGAAAAUCUCUGAGCACGGAGACGUUUGCAAAGGUGUCUCUGACUAACCUCCGUCGACAGGCUGUCCCGGACCUGUCCUCGGACCUGGGCAUGAACAUCUUCAAGAAGUUUAAGAACCGGCGUGAGGACCGGGAGAGGAAGGGCUCCAUCCCCUUCCACUACACGGGAAAGAAGCGCCAGCGCCGUAUGGGGGUUCCCUUCCUGCUUCACGAGGACCACCUGGACGUCUCGCCCACCCGCAGCACCUUCUCCUUCGGGAGCUUCUCCGGCCUGGGCGAUGAUCGGCGAGCUCUGGACCGCGGCGGCUGGCAGGCCACGAUCAUGGGCAAAUUCACACGGAGGGGCAGCUCGGACACAGCUGCAGACGCAGACAGCCUGAGCGCCAAACACUCCCACUCCCACCACUCUCUCCUCAGAGACAUGCCCGACCACUCCAACAGCCACAGCGACAACACCGUCAAAGAGGUUCGAUCUCAGAUCUCCACCAUCACCAUGGCGGCAUUCAACACAACCGUGGCGUCCUUCAAUGUGGGCUACGCCGACUUCUUCACCGAGCACAUGAAGAAGCUCUGUAACCCCGUGGCCGUCCCUGAGAUGCCCGCGGAGCCGCUGGCCUGCGCCAACCUGCCGCGCAGCUUCACCGACUCCUGCAUCAACUACUCCUGCCCGGAGGAAGGGGAGAACAUCGAGGGGACCAACAACUUUGUGCUGAAGAACGGCAUGCUGGACCUCACCGCUGUACUGCGAGCCCUCUACGCCGUCCUCAGUCACGACAUCAGCUCCAGGAUCUGCGACGUGGCCCUCAACAUCAUCGACUGCCUGCUGCAGCUCGGCGUGGUGCCCGGCAUGGGCAAGAAACUGUCCAAGCCCGACAACAAGGAGAACCAGGAGGCACGAGGCAAAGACACGACCGGUCAAGGUCUCGGAGGAGGCGCGCAGGGGGGCGGAUCACUACCCGGAGCAGGUGGAGGGGGAGACGGAGGCGGCGGAGGAGGAGGAAGCGGAGGAGGAGGAGGGGGAAGCGGUGGAGGAAGUGGGCAGGGGAGCAAGGACGAUGUGAAGAACAACAAGGACAAUGAUAAAAAGGAAGAAGGCUCCGGCCUCAGCACCCACCGCUUGGCUCUGACCAUGCUGAUAAAGAUCGUCAAGUCUCUCGGCUGCGCCUACGGCUGUGGCGAGGGCCACCGCGGCCUGUCAGGAGACCGCCUCAGGAUGCAGGCCCAGAACUGCCUGACCAGCCUGUACAAGCUGGACAAGCUGCAGUUUCGUCAGACAAUACGCGAGUAUGUGAACAAAGACUCUCUCAAUAACAUUGUGGACUUCCUGCAUGCGCUGCUGGGCUUCUGCAUGGAGCCCAUUACUGACAACAAGGCAGGCUUCGGGAACAACUUCACCACGGGGGACAACAAGUCCGUGGCCCAGAAUAUGGAGGCGGUGGUGGUGGGCUGCAUGUUCAAGUCCCUCAUCACCCGCUGCGCCUCGACCACACACGAGCUGCACAGCCCAGAGAACCUGGGUCUGUACUGCGACAUCCGCCAGCUGGUGCAGUUCAUCAAGGAGGCCCAUGGCAACGUGUUCCGCCGGGUGGCGCUGAGCGCCCUGCUGGACAGCGCGGAGAAGGUCACCACCACCAAGAAGCCUGACGAGAAGGAAGAGGGGAAACAACCUGGACCCAGGAGGUCAGAGGCGGGUGUGUCCGGGGAGAAGGGUCAGGUGUCCAGUGCUGCAGAUGAGUGUCGCAGCUACAUCUCCAGUAGACCCCCCCAGACACCCGAACAUGAAGAGCAGCUCCCGGGCGCUCUGCUGGGCAGGAAGGACUUCUGGAGGAAGAUGUUCAAGUCGCAGAGCGCCGCCAGUGACACGAGCAGCCAAUCGGAGCAGGACACGUCGGAGUGCACCACCGCCCACUCCGGCACCACCACCGACCGGCGCUCCCGAUCCCGGUCCCGUCGCAUUUCACUGCGCAAGAAACUGAAGCUGCCCAUAGGUAACUGGCUCAAGCGUUCGUCUCUCUCUGGACUGACUGACGGAGUCGAGGACCUGCUGGACAUCAGCUCCGUCGACCGACUGUCCUUCAUACGGCAGAGUUCAAAGGUGAAGUUCACGAGCGCAGUAAAGCUGUCAGAAGGGGGCGCUGUGGGGCCAGAGUACUGCAGGGACGAGGAGGAGAAUUUCUUCAAGCGGCUCGGCCCUCAUGGUUUCCAGGAGCGUCUCGCCGCCAGUCAGGAGGCCAUGAAGAACAAGAACGUGGUGAAUCUGGGCGCCAUACGACAGGGUAUGAAACGCUUCCAGUUCCUGUUGAACUGCUGCGAGCCGGGAACCAUCCCCGACGCCUCCAUCCUCGCUGCCGCUCUGGACCUGGAAGCUCCGGUUGUGGCUCGGGCCUCCCUCUUCCUCGAAUGUGCCAGAUUCGUCCACCGCUGUAACCGCGGCAACUGGCCAGAGUGGAUGAAAGGCCACCAUGUCAACAUCACCAAGAGAGGCCUGUCGAGGGGACGAUCCCCGAUAGUGGGCAACAAAAGAAACCAGAAACUCCAGUGGAAUGCCGCCAAGCACUUCUGCCAGUGGGGAGACGCGAUCGGAACGAGGCUCAGCGAACUCUGUCACUCUGACAGCGAGAGCCCCUCCAACAUCCUGGGUUACAUCUACGAUGAAGAGACCAAGCGCAGAAUGAGGAAAGAAGACGAGGAAGAGGAUUAUCUGGACGACAACACAGUCAAUCCUACAAAGUGCGGCUGCCCCUUCGCUCUGAAGAUGGCCGCCUGCCAGCUCCUGUUGGAAAUCACCACUUUCCUGCGGGAGACUUUUCCCUGCUUGCCCCGCCCACGCACCGAGCCUCUCGUGGACCUCGACAGCUGCCGCUUGCGUUUGGACCCGGAGCUCGGCCGCCAACGCUACGAGAGGAAGAUCAGCUUCGCGGGUAUCCUCGACGAUGAGGACGGACACGACUCGCUCAACAGCAGCAGCCACACGCUCAAGUCUGAUACCACCUGCGACGACAAGAAGCCGCAGGAAACUCAGGCACCCGUCCGGAAGAUUCGUAUCGGAGGAUCUCGGCUGCUUCAGAUCAAAGGGGCCCGCAGCUUCCGUGUGAAGAAAGGCGGCUCCCUGUCGUCCAUCCGGCGAGCAGGGAGCCUGAAGAGCACCAAGCUGUCCCGGCAGGACUCCGAGUCGGAGAACGAAGAGGGCUUGUCGUCACAGACGCACAGCAGGGACACGGUCACUGACAUCGGGAGUCCCUUCAGCACCAGUGAGCCCAGCAUAGAGCCAGAGGGUCCGAGCUCAGGAGGAGCUGAGGACAAUUACCACCGCAACAUGUCCUGGCUCCAUAUCAUGAUCCUGCUGUGCAACCAGCAGAGUUUCAUCUGUACCCACAUCGACUUCUGCCACCCACACUGCUACCAGCACCACAGCCGCUCCUGCGCCCGUCUGGUCCGCGCCAUCAAGCUGGUGUACGGCGAGACGGUGGACAGCCUGCGAGAAGACAGCGCCUCCUCCGGCAACAUCGGGGCACGGGCCAAGAAAAACAAAGAGUGUUCGGACAAGUCGUGUCUGAGGACGCCGUCCAUGAAGAGACGACCCAACGACCCCAACACAGAAGGGAAGAAGGACACAGGCAUGCUCAAGUACAUCCGCAACCAGGUGAUGAGCUUGUCCCCGGCGCCGCUCUCGCUGCUGAUCAAAGCAGCUCCCAUCUUGACCGACGACAUGUACGGGGACAUCCAGCCCGCCGCCUGGGAGCUGUUACUCAGCGUGGACGAACAUAUGGCUGCUGCUGCCGCGGCUAUGUUCCUUCUGUGCGCCGUGAAGGUCCCCGACACGGUGACCGAGAUGAUGAUGGCGGAGUUCCAGCACCAGGAGGCCUGCCAGCGCAUCAACUCCAUCCUGAAGUUUAACACGCUGUGGCGUUUCCGCUACCAGGUGUGGCCUCGCAUGGAGGAAGGAGCUCAGCAGAUCUUUAAGAUUCCUCCACCCAGCAUCAACUUCACUCUGCCCUCUCCUAUUCUGGGCAUGCCCUGCGUCCCCAUAUUUGACCCCCCCUGGGUUCCCCAGAACACUGGCAGCGUCCAGGACCCCAUCAAUGAAGACCAGUCUAAAUCCUUCUCAGCCCGGGCGGUGUCGCGCUCCCACCAGCGAGCUGAGCACAUCCUGAAGAACCUGCAGCAAGAGGAAGAGAAGCGGCGACUGGGCCGCGAGGCCAGCAUCAUCACGGCGAUCCCUGUUGCUCAGGAGGCGUGCUACGAGCCCACGUGCAGCCCGCCGCCUGAGCAGGAGGAAGAAGCAGAAGAAGUGGUGAACCUGGCGUCACGCCGUCUGUCCGUCAGCCCAUCCUGCGCCUCCAGUAACUCCCACAGGAACUACUCUUUCCGCCGGGGCUCCGUGUGGUCGGUCCGCUCACUGGCGAGUGCUGAAGACGAAGAGAACACAACAGAACACACUCCUACCCACCACAUGCUGCAGCCACCUCAGGCUGUCUUCCCAGCAUGCAUCUGUGCUGCCGUUCUGCCAAUAGUCCACCUCAUGGAGGACGGCGAGGUUCGAGAGGAUGGCGUGGCAGUGAGCGCUGUGGCUCAGCAAAUCCUCUGGAACUGUCUGAUCGAGGAUCCGGCCCUGGUUCUCCGCCACUUCCUGGAAAAACUCACAGUGAGCAACAGACAGGACGAGCUGAUGUACAUGCUGAGGAAGCUCCUGCUCAACAUCGGAGAUCUGCCGGCUCAGACGUCUCACAUCCUCUUCAACUACCUGGUGGGACUGAUCAUGUACUUUGUGCGGACUCCCUGUGAGUGGGGUAUGGACGCCAUCUCUGCCACGCUGACCUUCCUGUGGGAGGUGGUGGGCUACGUGGAGGGGCUCUUCUUCAAGGACCUGAAGCAGACCAUGAAGAAGGAGCAGUGUGAGGUCAAACUGCUCGUCACUGCCUCCAUGCCAGGAACCAAAACCCUGGUGGUGCACGGGCAGAACGAGUGUGACAUCCCAACACAGCUCCCAGUGCACGAGGACACUCAGUUUGAAGCUCUGCUGAAGGAGUGUCUUGAGUUCUUCAACAUUCCCGAGGCCAGAUCAGCGCAUUACUUCCUCAUGGACAAACGAUGGAACCUCAUACAUUACUCCAAGACGUAUGUCAGAGACAUCUACCCGUUCCGGAGGUCCGUGUCUCCACAGCUCAACCUGGUCCACAUGCUGCCAGAGAAAGGACAAGAGCUCAUCCAGAAACAGGUGUUUUCCCGUAAACUGGAGGAGGUCGGCCGUGUCCUCUUCCUGAUCUCCCUCACCCAACACAUGCCGGCCGUGCACAAACAGUCCCACGUGUCCCUGCUGCAGGAGGACCUCCUCCGUCUGCCCUCCUUCCCACGAACGGCCAUCGACGCAGAGUUCUCAUUGUUCAACGAGCAACAAGGUAAGGAGCUGUUUGGGUUGGACACCCUCCACAAGGUGCUGUGGAUCAAGCUGCUGGAGGAGAUGUUCCUGGGGAUGCCCAGCGAGUACCCGUGGGGGGACGAGAUGAUGCUGUUCCUCAACGUCUUCAACGGGGCGCUGCUGCUGCACCCGGAGGACAGCGCCCUCCUCAGGCAGUACACGGCGACUGCCAUCAACACCGCGGUGCACUUCAACCACCUCUUCUCUCUGAGCGGUUACCAGUGGAUCCUGCCGACCAUGCUGCAGGUCUACGCUGACUAUGAGAGCGACCCUUUACUGAGGCAGGGCAUCGAGUUCUGCUGCCGACAGUUUUACAUCCUCCACCGCAAACCCUUCGUCCUGCAGCUGUUUGCAAGCGUCGCUCCGCUGCUGGAAUUCACAACCAGCACCAGCACUGGUCUGUCUAAAGGCGUCUCAGCCCAGUGUCUGUUUGACCUGUUGGUGUCUCUGGAGGGAGAGACGCCGGACGCCCUGGACGCUCUGGAGCUGGUGAAGGCAGAGAAACCUCUGCGCUCUCUGGAUUUCUGUUAUGGUAACGAGGACUUGGCCUUUUCUAUCAGCGAGGCCAUCAAGCUGUGUGUGACGGUGGUCGCCUACGCCCCUGAAUCCUUCCGGAGUCUCCAGAUGCUGAUGGUGCUGGAGGCCUUGGUUCCCUGUCACCUCCAGAAGCUGAAGAGCAACACCAUCACCAUGGAAUGUGCUUCAGCCGCCAGGGAUGAGAUUGCCGCCAUCGCUGCUCUGGCCACGUCGCUGCAGGCGCUCCUCUACAGCUCAGAGACGCUGACAAGGCCAAUGACAGCGCCACAGUUGUCCCGCUGUGACCAGGGCCAUAAAGGAGGCACCACGGCGAACCACGCCAUGUCAGGAGGGGUCAACACCAGGGACAACCUCCACCUGCUGGAGGAGGGCCAGGGGAUGCCGAGGGAGGAGCUAGACGAGCGGAUCGCCAGGGAGGAGUUCCGCCGGCCGCGGGAGUCGCUCUUAAACAUCUGCACCGAGUUUUACAAACACUGCGGGCCGCGACUCAAGAUCCUGCAGAAUGUGGCCGGCGAGCCGCGGGUCACGGCCCUGGAGCUGCUCGACAUCAAGUCCCACAUGAGGCUGGCAGAGAUCGCCCACGCGCUGCUGAAGCUGGCGCCCUACGACACCCUGACCAUGGAGAGCCGCGGGCUGCGGCGCUACAUCAUGGAGAUGCUGCCCAUCACCGACUGGUCGUCAGAGGCCGUCCGCCCCGCCCUCAUCCUCAUCCUCAAGAGGCUGGACCGCAUGUUCAACAAGAUCCACAAGAUGCCAACGCUCAGGAGACAGGUGGAGUGGGAGGCGGCCAGCAGCCUGAUCGAGGGGAUCUGCCUCACGCUGCAGCGACAGCCAAUCAUCUCUUUCCUCCCGCACCUUCGAUCGCUGAUCAACGUCUGUGUGAACCUGGUGAUGGGUGUGGUCGGCCCCUCCAGCGUGGCGGACGGGCUGCCGCUGCUCCACCUCAGCCCCUACCUCUCCCCGCCACUUCCCUUCAGCACGGCGGUCGUCCGGCUGGUUGCCCUGCAGAUUCAGGCCUUGAAGGAAGACUUCCCUCUCAGUCACGUGAUCUCCCCGUUCACCAAUCAGGAGAGGAGGGAGGGGAUGCUGCUCAACCUGCUCAUUCCCUUUGUGCUGACUGUUGGUUCUGGGAGUAAAGACAGCCCGCACCUCGAGCAGCCCGAGAUCUUCCUGCUCCUCCAGACCGUCAUCAACAUCCUGCUGCCUCCUCGCAUCAUCUCCACCUCUCGCACCAAGAACUUCAUGCUGGACGCUUCGCCGGCGCACUGCUCCACGCCGGGCGACACGGGGAAGGACCUGCGCAGGGAGGGACUAGCCGAGUCCACGAGCCAGGCUGCGUAUCUGGCUCUGAAGGUGGUGCUGGUUUGCUUCGAGCGCUCGCUGGGAAACCAGUGGUACCGGCUGAGCCUGCAGGUGAAAGAGAUGGCGCUGAGGAAGGUUGGCGGCUUGGCCUUCUGGGACUUCAUCGACUUCAUUGUCCGAACCCGGAUCCCCAUCUUCGUCCUGCUGAGACCUUUCAUCCAGUGCAAGUUGUUGACGCAGCCGGCCGACUCCCAGGAGGAGAUCACGGCACGCCACCACAUCGCCGACCAGCUGGAGCGACGCUUCAUCCCUCGACCUCUCUGCAAGAGCUCCCUGUUCGCAGAGUUCAACAACGAGCUCAAGAUCCUGAAGGAGGCCGUGCACAGCGGCUCUGCUUACCAAGGCAAGACGUCCAUCAGCACGGUGGGCACCUCCACCUCAGCGUAUCGCCUCAGUUUGGCCACGAUGUCGCGCUCCAACACCGGCACCGGCACCGUUUGGGAGCAGGAGAGUCAGCCGUCACGCCAACCCUCUCAAGACACGCUCAGCCGCACCGACGAGGACGAGGAAGAGAACGACUCCAUCAGUAUUCCCAGCGUGGUGAGCGAGCACGAGGCCUUCCUGCCCAGGGUCAUAACGCAGCGGCGGUUCUCCAGCCACGCCACCGGCUCUGUGGCCUCGCAGCCCGAGGCUCACCGCACCAACAUGCUGCCCAGCCACAGUGAACCCAAUGUGCUAGAUGAGUCCCAGGGCCUCCUGCAGGAGGGUAACCUCUCUAGGGUUGCCAGUGUGCAGAGUGAACCAGGGCAACACAACCUCCUGUUACAGCCUCCGUUAGGAAGGAAGCGCGGCCUCAGACAGCUGCGGCGCCCCCUGCUGUCCAUUCCGAAGAACGAACCCCGUGAUCGAUCUGGAGCUCGGCUCUCGACGACUCGCAGGAGCAUCCAGCCCAAGAACAAACCGCUGGCGCACGGAGACCAGAAGAGGUCAGUCACCUUCACAGAGGCGUCUGCGGGGAUCGGGAAGCCCCCGACUCCCGGCGCCCUCGACCCUGCGGGGGAGGGCAGGAGGGUCAGUCCAGGCCUUUCCAAGUCGCCCACGCUGGAGGUGCCGUCAGCCUCGUCUGCCACGGUCACCGCCGACCUGCACGCUCCUGGGAACACACAGGCUCCGGGGGCCAUCAGCAGCAGAGAGAGGAGAGAGCAGUGGGGGCUCCGCAGCAGCCUCUCCCCUCCUCCCUCCAUCUCCAGGCCCUCCACCCCGACUCACCCGUCCCGAACCUGCUCCCCUCUCCCCUUAUCCCGCACCUCCUCCCCCCUCCCUCCACCGCUCCCAGUGCUGGGCACGACCCCGGCCCCGGGCCCCCCUCUGCCUCCGCCGCUGCCGCCGCAGACCCACCUCCUCCCUCCGCUCCUCCCUCCGCCUCCACCGGGGCCGUCCAGGAUCAGAGAGAGUCCCGGGGACGAGGACACCACGGCGCUCCUGCCGCGCAGCAGCACCCUGCUGCACCUCAGCGAGGACGGCGGCACGGAGAACCCCCUCCUCGUUCCGCUGCUGUCCCCGCCCUCUCCCCGCAGGACGCCCCGCAGGUCGCCCCGCCGCUUCCCUCUGCCCCUCUCCCCCGUGGACCUGGACCUGGAUGAGUCCCACGUGUGACAGAUGCUGACAACCGGCACAGUUCUAAACACUAAUGAGCAAAAAAGGAAAAAGUAAAACGAACAUUUAGAUUCGUUUCACUGACGAUUUGAAAGUACACGUCUUUAAAAAGAGAAACAGGAGAGGAAGAGGGCUUCUGUCUCUGUCUCCACCACCGAUCUGUCCCUCAGACAAACUGCUCUCUCCUCAGUUCAGCUCUGACUUCAUCUCUCCAGGGUUGAAUAUCAACGGACAGACGAAGGCUCGAAUGUAUAUUUAUAGCAGCAAAUCUACUUUAUCACUCGUCUCCAUCACAGAAAGAUUUAUUUUAUUAGAUUUUACGUCAGACAAAGUUUUAACAGUCGUCACGAACACCGACUCAUAAACGGUUAAACGGUUGAUAUUUAAAUUUUAAAGAUGUCUAUAUAGAAGAGAUAUAUACAUUUAAAAAAGAUGCUAUAACUUGUACAAAGGUUACAAAGGAGACACCAUAUUAAAAGCCAUUCUAAUGUUGUUAGAUAAUAAUAAUAAUAAUAAUAAGUGAUGAUAUGGAGCAGGAGACAGAAGUAAGAUUCUAUAUUUGAGAAAAGUAUUAUUCCUCAAACUUUAAACUCCGGUGAAAUCCAUGAUUUGUUGCUUUCUAAAUGAAUAUAAUGUAUUUAAAGUGUCAGAAUCUCUUAAAACUGCUGGAAUUCCUCUUUAAUUUAAGUGAUUAGAUCAGUUUUUCUUACUUCACCACACAUGCGUCCUGUGAACUCCACAGAUCUGCUUUGUGCCGCUCGGCGUCGCAGCAGAUUCUUUGUGACCAAAGACUGUAUCUUCAUCCUUCAGCUCUGAAAACUAAAGGUCGCUCGUCCCGAUGUGGAACGUCCUGUCCCCUCGCUCUUCACUCUCAGACUCAGAGACGUUUCUUUGUGGAUCGAUGCAGUGGAUGGUCGUUACCUCGUCGCUCAUUCCAUGCCUUAAUAUUAACAUGUGUGUGAUUUCCCUCCGGUGAAAACCUCAGACCUCCAACACGUCUACUCGCCCACGAUGCGUUCAAGGUCCCACUCGAGCCUUUGUGACGUCAGAGGAGCAGAAUAAUAAUAUAUUUGCAUCAUCGUGGGUAGAUAUCCAGAUUUACAAUAUCAUAACAUUUACUGUAAAAGUUUACUGGUAUCUGCGGUGUUCAGUUUGAGUUCAAACAGAGUUAGUACAUCUAUAGGUACAAAGCAGAUAUUGAUCCGUGCCAUACACCAAUGCACUGUGAGUGUUUUUCUUAUUUGCUGCUUGUGUGUUUCAUUUCUUUUUUCAUUCUGUGAAAAUGCUGUAACCAUGACGACAGAGUGUGUAUGAAUUCUAUUUUGACCAUUUUAUCUGACAGAGGCUCGUUCAACUUAAUGUGCAACACAUAUCAAGUAUGUCCAACUUUGAGUGUUUAAAUACAAAGAGUUCCCUUUAAAUGUCACGUGUGUCUCCGUCCAGUUGAGUCUUCUUUGUGCAAACUUAGAGUAAAUAUACACAGAAUAUUUCUGACAUAUCUAAAUAAAUGGAUAUUGUUUACAA